AUGCAGAGCAACAGCAGCGCCUCCGGACCCCUGACCGCCCUGAGCGUGUGCGGGGGAGAAGAGGAUGAGCGCGAAAUCUCCAAACUGGUCAGCCACACAGCAGCAGCCUCCAACAUGGCAGCUUUUAACCUUUCACUGAACUGCUGGCUCCACAUCCUCUCCAAGGAGUCCUCGCUGGACCUGCACGGAGACAGCGCCAACCUGGCAGUGCGAGUUCUCAUUGCCCUGGUCUACUUGGUGGUGUGUGUCCUGGGUCUUGUGGGUAACUUCCUGGCACUCUUCCUGCUCCACUCCCGCCGCCGGGGCCACACCCACUCUUCCAUUGACUGCUUUGUGAUGAGCCUGGCGCUGACAGACCUCCAGUUCGUCCUGACCUUGCCCUUCUGGGCCGUGGACACGGUGCUGGACUUCCGCUGGCCCUUUGGCCAGGUCAUGUGUAAGAUCGUGAGUUCGGUCACCACCCUCAACAUGUACGCCAGCGUCUUCUUCCUCACCGCCAUGAGCGUGACCCGCUACCGCUCCCUGGUUACCUCCCUGAAGAUGGACAGCCCUAGGAUCGGCACUGCUCGAGCCAAGUGGGCCAGUUUAGCCAUUUGGGUGGUGUCAUUGGUGGCUACGCUACCUCAUGCGUUCUACUCCACCACAGUCCAGGUAUCUGCUGAUGAUGAGCUAUGCUUGGUGCGGUUCUCUGACUCCGACUCAGGCCACUGGGAUCCCCAAGUCCUGCUUGGACUCUAUCAAACACAGAAAGUUCUCUUGGGAUUUGUCGUUCCCUUGGUCAUCAUCAGCGUGUGCUACCUCCUCCUCCUGAGGUUCAUCCUGAGCCGGCGCGUCGUAGGCAGCGCAGUCAGUGGGGGUGUCACAGAGUGUGAGAGGGGACGCCACCGCCGCCGGUCCAAAGUCACUCGCUCCGUCACCAUCGUAGUUCUGUCCUUUUUCAUCUGCUGGCUGCCCAACCAGGCUCUCACCCUGUGGGGGGUGUUGAUCAAAUUUGACAUGGUGCCAUUUAGUAAAGCCUUCUACAACGCCCAGGCCUAUGCUUUCCCCCUGACUGUGUGUCUGGCUCACGCAAACAGCUGCCUCAACCCAGUGCUCUACUGCCUGAUCCGACAGGAGUACAGAGCUGGACUGAAGGAGCUUCUGCUGAGAGUGUCUCACUCAGUCCAAAAUGUCCUUACACUGGCUCUGAGAGGGAGGCGAGUGGAGGUAGCACCAUCCAGUCUGGUUAUGAUACACAAAGACAUCAAUGUGUGA